CCUUAAUCCCGCCCGGCCGGCCCAGGCGCGGGCGGGACACGGGUUCCUAAGUAGAGCCUCGGGGCGGGCACUGGGAUGAGCCCGGAAAGAGCUGCCCACUGCGGAUCCACCGAGGCCGCGCCGCCGACCUUCACGCGUGUCGCCCACGCGCUCUUCCUCGGAAACGCGCGCGCCGCGGGCGCCACGGAACUGCUGCAGCGCGCGGGCGUCACGUUAUGUGUCAACGUCUCCCGCCUGCAGCCGGGCCCGAGCGCGCCCGGAGUGGCCGAGCUGCGCGUGCCCGUUUUCGACGACCCGGCCGAGGACCUGCUGGUGCACCUGGAGCCCACCUGCGCCGCCAUGGAGGCCGCGGUGCGCGCCGGCGGCGCCUGCCUGGUCUUCUGUAAGAACGGCCGCAGCCGCUCAGCAGCCGUCUGCACCGCCUACCUCAUGCGGUACCGCGGCCUCAGCCUGGAGCGUGCCUUCCAGACUGUCAAGAGCGCCCGUCCGGUAGCCGAACCCAAUCCGGGUUUCUGGUCUCAACUCGAGAAGUACGAGCAGACCAUCCAGACCCAGUCCCGCCUGUCCCGGGAGCCCGCUGACCCCGGAAGCGCGCGGCAUUGACUCCAGCUGGCCGGGCCGUAGCCUCCGGGUCUCCUGCAGCCCGGCGGGAAGGGCGUUUGCUAAUGGGAGGCGGGCCGUGCCCUCGCUGUCCCUCGCGGCUGGGCUUCCACUUCCCCCAAGCCGCAUCUUCCUGAGGUGCAGCUCAGAGGAGGGGACUGGGCAGCGACUGCCCGAGACGGACCUUCCCUUCCUCUCGCCCUCCGUCAGCUUCGUUUGUUCGUAGGUUUUGGUCAAAUCUAAACCAGACCGGCUCCCAGCUGCCAGCGCCUGGGGAACCUCCGCCUGCCAGAACUCUCCCUGCCCCCCACCAGGACUGAGCGUGGGACCCACAGCUGAGGGCCCGCGCUGCUGAGGCUCGCAGGUGCCGCCGCACACAGGAAGGGCUGGAGCGCCUCCUCCACUGUCAAGGCGGCGCCCCCAGCAGGGCAGCCCACUGCGGCCCUCCCCGGGGAGGGUGGACUCCUAAUUCAGACAGGGAUGUUCUUUGGCCUUUAAACUGCUAGAAAAUUAGCCACAAUCCACCCUCCUUAAAUAAGAUAGUGGGGAAGGAGGACAGCACCCGAGUGAUCCCAUGAAUCACAGACACAGCUGUCAGUGGCUAAUAUGUAUGAAGCAACGAGUAAAGUGCUGUAGUUGGCGUUCGUGUGCCUCUCCCACUCCUUCCCUGUUCUACCCUGUCCAGAGCCUCAGCUCCCCUGGCUGUGCUCUUCACUUGAGGCCCAGUGGCCUGCCUGCAGUGGCACCAUGACCUCCACACCUGCACCACACAACCUGAGCAUUGGGAGGGUCUCCUCCUGCCCCAAGAUCAGCACAAAGCUUCACUCCCCCUUGACGGUCAGGAUCAGUCAUCACCGUGCAGAGCAGCCCCUGGGUUUUCCACUGAGGAGUCCAAAUAGCUAGGUGGUGUCACCCUCCUGCAAGGAGGACACUUGUCUACAGGUGGAAGCUUUCCACCUGGGAAUGAAGCUGGGAGGAUAGGAAGCAUAGUUUAUGAGCAAGUUAUUGGGGUAGUAGUGAGGGGCCCAUCCCGCCUCACCUCUCUACUCCUGGACCUAGGUUUCUGGCUGGGUAGGCUGCCACCUAGCACUGCUCAUUGUUAGCACUGUCCAUCCCCGUGGUCAGACCUGCAGUCAGAACAGGACGGCUGGGCAGCCUGGCUAGUCUGCUCUGUUGGGUUUGCUUCCCCUGGUCUCAUAGCCAUCCCACCUUCCCAUCAACCCUGUGGGAGCUACUGACCUGUCUCCAUUUGACUGGUUAGGCUGCAGUGCUUGCUAGGAAGCAGGAACCUGGGCCCAGGGUUUUACCCAGUGUGCCUGGCUGAUCCUUGCUCAUGAUACCUUCAGUGAGGCCUCCAGUGCCCUCCCCUCAGGACUGGACACACCACCUGACCUCCCUAGGUGACAAGGGUAGAAGGGCCACAGGACCCAGGCAAGGCUGAGGCUCUGCGGGUCACUUCAGACAUUAUCCACCAGCUCCAUUCUGAGAGUGAUCCUGCUGCUACUGCUAUCAGAGUCCCAAGGACAGGAAGGCCCUUUUGAAUGAAUACCACUCCUUCUGGAGGCCUUUGCUAUCCUGCCAGCCAGCUGGCACCCUACCCAUCUUGGUACCCACCCACGUCAAAGAGGGAGCAGCAUCUGUGCAUUAGAAUGCCUGGGCACGUGCGGCAUGUCAGAGCUGCUUCACUGACCCUGAUCACCAAAAGACUGGAGUAGUAAAAUUCCUCUGGGAGAAACCCAGGUCAGUCCUGACUUGGGGCUCCUCUUGACAAAGUCAGGUUGGGAUUGCAGGGGGCUAGGGCGCAAUGCUGAGUCCAGCAGCCAGGGGGCACUCCAGGCAGGCUACCUGGUGGGGCGGGGUUUCAGGCUGGGGUGGCAGCAUUGCUGGAGGCACCUGUGGGCUUGCCUCUGCAGCCUACUGGCUUCCCAAGUCACACAGUGCUUCCAGCACCUGCAAGGGUGUCCUGGUGAGCUGGCUUCAGCUCUCUGAAGAUUUCUUUGCCUUAGCACCUCAUAAAUGUGGGUUGGAGGCCUGGCCCUGCCCAGCUAGGGAAGAGACAGACAGCUUCUUAGGACUGGCAGGGUUGCCCCACUCCACUCUCCCAUGUGCAGAACCAGCUGUGGGGAGGUGGCCAGGGCUCUCCAGGAGGGAAGGGAUGAGACCCCCCCACCCCUAUCUUCCUCCAGUCCAACUGGGGAGACUAGGGUGGCAGGAGCCCAUGCUCCAUAAUGGCAAGAAGGGCAACAGGACCUGAAGUCCUUCCAGAUCCAGGCCUACUGGCCAGGGCAGGGUCUGGAAGAUGUGGUUAAACUGAGGGUGUCUAAAACAGUCUAACCCAGGGCCAUCAUCUGGGCAGGACGUUGGGUCACCAGGUGACUGAUCACCUGAAGGCAGCCCAGUGUGAUCCCACCCCAGUUCUCUUCCCUCCUAUAUUGGAUGCAGGACUGACCCUGCCUCUCAGUGACUGAGCCUUGGGGUUCUUGGAAUUUGGAGUAUUCCCUCAGUUAAGAGGUCCUGUGGGGACCCGAGGAGCCACAGGAAAUAUAAAGGGAUGCCUCAGCACUCACGCCCCACAUUAGGGAAGGGGUCUUCCCACCUGGGCAGCAAGAAGGACCAUAUUGGUUACUGGUUGAGAGACUGGAUCCAGGCAGCUUAAGCACUACCUAGGGAUGAAGCUACAUGCCGGGGUCCAGCCCUAGCAGGGGUCGUAGUGGUCACAGAUGAUGGAGUAGGCGUCGGCGAGGUGAGAGCAAAGCAACACAAACUCAAGGAAUGGAUGCUAAGUUCUAAAUUUUAUUUUUCCCAGCCAGCUUUUUAAACAUGAAAAGGUAGGCAGUUACACAUGUUUUUUUCAGAACAGGAAAAAGUCACAAG